UUUCCGCGAGGAACUAACCCUAAUUUUGCUUAAUCAAUCCUCGAUCCCCUUUCUCUUCCUCUUCUUCGUUUCGUCGAUCUCCUUUCUCUUCGUCUUCUUAGUUUCCUACGUUUCACGGAUCUUUCAUCGCAAACAAUCAAUUCUCUCCCCACUCCUCUAGACUUUUAAUCUCAUUAAUGGAUGAUUUAUCGCUUUCUUCCACUGAGAUUCUAUAUACAUCUCUUAAUCGAUGUUUUAUUUGCAUCAAAAAAAUUUCUAGCCUUUCAACCGCUCAUUGCGAUGAAGUUAUCCGGUGUUUCCGACACAGUGAAAACGAACGGCGAAGCGGCGAUCCCCUCCAGUUCGGUCAACCCCGUCGCCCAACCCGGUGUAUCUUCCGGCGAUGUCAAUCCGAUCCCCUCCGGUCUGGUCAAACCCGUCGCUCAAACCGAUGUCUCUUCCGGCGAUGCCAUUGCGAUGAAGUCAAAAGACGUAACGGCAGAAGCGAAGAAUUCGAUCAAACCAAACGGCAAAACCGGUGCCUCCUCCGGUCUCAAACUCGGUGUUAGAGGCAGAGCCUCUGUCUCAUUCGUCGAUAAAGGCAAAGCUAUCGUCUCCGAGAACGUGGGAAAGGUUAUUACCUUCAAAGACAUCACUUUCGGGCCCCAUGAAGACGAGGUGCGGUUCCGGUUGAUCCACUUUUGGGAGGCUUGGAAUGUUCAGACGAAGGUGCUUAUCGGCAUCGAAAUGCUUCUCAUCGACGAAGAGGAGAGUGUUAUCCAGGGCUUCAUCCCCUAUGGAAGGAUUGACACAUAUUUGCGUCACAUGAAAACUGGUGCUACAUACCGACUCAACAAGUUUUUCGGAUCAAAGAGCAAGACUAUCUACCGGGUAGCUGAGUCAAGUGUCACUAUUUGCUUCUCAAGUAACUCUGUCCUCUCUGGACUCGAGGACAGUUCGAUCAGCUUUCCUGUAGAUCGGUUCCGGAUUCAUGGACACAAAUAAUUUGAAGCUGGCUCCGACUUGAGAGGUGAUCUUUAUGGUAAGUUCUCACCUCAUUACACUCUCCACUGUUUGCAUUAGUAUUAGAUUAAUAUAAACUUAGAUAGUAUGAUAUCAUCUGAUUAUAGAUUUUAUUUGUUCUGUGGUGUUUGCGUAUGAUUAUGUUUUCAUAUAGACUCAUAGAUUUAGGCUUUGUUUCCGGGUUGGUACGAUAAAAAUAUUGAGUUUUAUUAUCUUCUCUUGCAGAUUAUAU